UCGUCUCCUUCCUCUUUUUUGCGUUUGGCGUCUUAUCGAAAACGCUUUCGCGUUUUCUCGAUUUCCAGAUAACUUGUUCAAUUAUACCACUACAAUUCAUAAGGCCGGGGAUUGAUGACGACGGUGGCGACUAUGAUUGUUUUCCAAAGCUUUCGCCCCCAUGUCUCACCAUCUCCAUCUUCCUCUACUUCCACUUCAUCUCCGAUCAACACACAUUUCUCUCUCUCAAAGAAUUUAGGUCUUCCUAGGCUGAGAGAUCCCACGCACCAGUUCAGGAUGAAGAGGAGAAUUUCGGAAGUUCCAUUCGUAGAUACAGAAGACACCGACCUUAGUCUCCCCGGAUCUCAAGUAGAUGACGAUGACGACGAUGAGAUAGAAACAAACCCUACUCCAGAAGACCUUGAAUACAUAUCCCAAAUCAAACGAGUGUUGGAGCUGCUCAGAAAAAACAGGGACAUGCUGUUUAGCGAGGUGAAGCUAACAAUAACGAUUGAGGAUCCCAGAGAACUUGAGAGGAGGAGGCUUCUUGGUCUUGAUGAAUUUGAAGGUCCAACAAGAGAUGAAUUAGCUUCUACAUUAGAAUUAGUAAAUGAAGGGAAAGUCCCAAAAGAUAAAAUUGCUCUUAAGCUGCUGGCUGAAGAGAUGAUACAAUGGCCUAAUCUAGAGGUGGAAGUGUCAAAGAAGGGUAGAGGAAAAUCGCUUUACGCGAAAACCACAGACACCGGAGUUGAUCCAAAAGAGGCCGCCAAGAGGCUCAACAUUGAUUGGGACACUGCUGCCCAGAUGGCGGAUGAUGUCGAUGAUGAUGUUCCUGAUGUGCCUGCCGCUUUGGGAUUUGGAGCAUUAUACUUGGUCUCAGCGUUUCCAAUCAUAAUUGGAGUUGCAGUUGUGUUGAUUCUAUUCUAUAAUUCUCUUCAAUAAUUCUUUUUCUUUUUCUUUUUCUCCUAGUGGAUAUAUGAAUAUAUAUCAUGGUUAACACGAAAACCAUUUGAGUGAGUUCUUGUCUCUCUCUAUUCUAUAUAUAGAAGUCAAAAUUUCCAAUUUUAUAAUAAUAAAAAGGCCUUGUUUGA